AUGCGUCCGGCCGCCUCCCGCGUCUUUGGUCAAUCGGCCCUCCUCACUCGUCAGUCGCUACUCCGUCCGCAGCAGUCUUACGCUGCCCAGUUCAUGCGCACAAUGGCGUCCCAGGCCAAGAUCAAGGUCAAGAACCCAGUCGUCGAGCUGGACGGCGACGAAAUGACUCGCAUCAUCUGGCAGAACAUCAAGGAUAAGUUCAUCCACCCUUACCUCGACAUUGACCUCAAGUACUACGACCUCGGGCUCGAGUACCGCGACAAGACCGAGGACAAGGUCACUCUGGACGCCGCCGAGGCCAUCAAGAAGUACUCGGUUGGUGUCAAGUGCGCCACCAUCACGCCUGAUGAGGCUCGUGUCAAGGAGUUCAACCUCAAGCAGAUGUGGCUCUCCCCCAACGGCACCAUCCGCAAUGCUCUGGGUGGCACCGUGUUCCGGGAGCCGAUCGUGAUCCCGCGCAUCCCGCGCCUGGUGCCGAGCUGGCAGAAGCCCAUCAUCAUCGGCCGCCACGCCUUUGGCGACCAGUACCGCGCCAAGGACAUGGUCGUGCCUGGCGAGGGCAAGCUAACCAUGACCUUCACCCCCAAGGGCGGCGAGCCGCAGGAGAUCCAGGUCUUUGAUUUCAAGAACGGUGGCGGUGUCGCGCAGACUCAGUACAACACCGACGAGAGCAUCACGGGCUUUGCCCACUCGAGCUUCAAGCUUGCGCUCGCCAAGGGUCUCCCUCUGUACAUGAGCACCAAGAACACCAUCCUAAAGAAGUACGACGGCCGCUUCAAGGAUAUCUUUGAGCAGCUGUACCAGUCGACGUACAAGGCCGAGUUUGAGGCCAAGGGCAUCUGGUACGAGCACCGCCUCAUCGACGACAUGGUCGCACAGAUGAUCAAGAGCACUGGCGGUUACAUCAUGGCCCUCAAGAAUUACGACGGUGACGUUCAGUCCGACAUUGUCGCCCAGGGCUUCGGCUCCCUCGGCCUGAUGACGUCUGUCCUCAUCACGCCGGACGGCAAGACGUUCGAGUCCGAGGCCGCGCACGGCACCGUGACGCGCCACUACCGCGAGCACCAAAAGGGCCGCGAAACCUCGACCAACCCCAUCGCAUCCAUCUUCGCCUGGACCCGCGGCUUGAUCCAGAGGGGCAAGCUCGAUGAGACCCCCGACGUCGUCGCCUUUGCCGAGACGCUCGAGCGCGCCUGCAUCGACACGGUCGACAUCGACGGUAUUAUGACCAAGGACCUCGCCCUCGCCUGCGGCAAGACCGCCCGCGGCGACUAUGUCACCACCAACGAGUACCUCGACGCCGUCGAGAGGAGGAUGAAGUCGAGCCUCAAGGAGAAGCUGUGA